GUUGAGUUGUUGACCUUCUAAACCCCUCUAACGCUCCACCAAGUCUUGUUCUUCCUCCGACGAGAUGAACUCGCUCUCUGAACUGAACGAUGAUAUUGUUCGUAGCAUGACAGUUGGAGCCGUCUUCUCUGAUUUUGGUGGAAAGAUAAACUCGCUCGAUUUUCAUCGGACUGCUGAUCUUUUGAUAACUGCAAGUGAUGAUGAUUCUGUUAGACUUUUUGACAUUGCAAGUGCUCAGCUGUUGAAGACCACAUAUCAUAAGCAGCAUGGUGCUGAUCGAGUAUGCUUCACCCAUCACCCCAGUUCUGUUAUAUGCUCUUCACGUCACAAUUUGGCUUCCCAUGGAGUAUCUUUGCAGUACCUUUCAAUGUAUGAUAAUAGAUGCCUUCGCUAUUUUUAUGGGCAUAAAGAGAGGGUUGUGUCAUUGUGCAUGUCUCCCAUGAAUGAUAGCUUCAUGUCAGGUUCUCUUGAUCACAGUGUGCGAAUAUGGGAUCUUCGUGUAAAUGCAUGCCAGGGGAUAAUGCAUCUACGAGGCAGACCAACUGUUGCAUAUGAUCAUCAAGGUCUUGUAUUUGCAGUAGCAAUGGAAGGUGGCGCCAUUAAAUUGUUUGAUGCUAGAUCAUAUGACAAGGGUCCCUUUGAUACGUUCCUUGUUGGUGGAGAUACUGCUGAAGUUUGUGAUAUAAAAUUCAGCAAUGAUGGUAAAUCGAUGCUUUUGACAACUACAAGCAAUAGUAUAUAUAUCCUAGAUGCUUAUUGUGGAGAGAAGAGAUGUGGGCUUAGUCUAGAACACUCCCCAAACACAACGAUCGAGGCAACAUUUACUCCUGAUGGACAAUACAUUUUGUCAGGCUCCGGGGAUGGCAACUUGCAUGCUUGGAACAUCAAUAAACUAAACAAGGUGGCUUCCUGGGAUAGCCAUGUAGGCGUUGCAUCAUGCGUGAAAUGGGCACCAAGAAGGGUGAUGUUUGCAGCUGCAUCGUCCGUUCUUACCUUUUGGAUACCCGACCAUUCCAGGCCACCCGUUGAGCCCGUCCUGCCUCUAACAUAACGUAUUCACAUAUCUGCUGAUGCUAAGCAUUUUUAGUUUUCCUUUUUUACCCAGAAGAAAAUGCAUAAUUUACAGUAUAUUUGAUGAUUUUGAAAUGUAAAUGCAAAUAUCAUUGGAUGCAACCUCAUUCCCAAAUUAGUUGUCUAUCUUUUUUUUUCUUUUUGGAGAAUAAAUUUGCACUUAUUCA